UGUACAAAUUUAUUACACGAAACUUGAGUGAUAAACCGAUCUGUGUUGUGUGUUUAAACAUUAAAAUCGGUACACUUGACAAAUAAUUGGGUGAUUUUGUAUUUCAAUCUUAAAAAAGGUUAUUUAAACAUUUUCGUGCUAGAAAAUUUAGAAAAUCAAUUACACGAUGCAUCUACCUAUUCAUGGCCUCUAAAUUUCUGUUUCUAAGAUAAACAGUUGGUGUUUAAAAUUUUUCUUCAAAGUGACAAGUUUCCAAAUAAUUUUUGUGAUUAGGUAUUUCGAUUGAGUCACUGUUAAUUGUGUGCCAAUCGGAUCGUUACUUGCAUUACUUGUAAAUAAACGUAUUUUAGCCGAUCUGCAACGCACGUUUGAUUAGCAAAAGAAAGAGAUUUUUAUACAACCUCGUUAAUCUGCUGGUAUUUGUGGUCCAGUGUAACAAUUAAGUGUCUUGAUAUAGUCGAUGAUUUUCGAUUGAUUUUGACAAGGAACCAUCGACAUUUGGUUGUAGAAAAGUAACAGUAAAACCAAAGGAGUCAUUUUGAUAUUUUGCAAAAAAAAAAAAAAGUCAAAAUGAAAUCGAUGCAUCAAAGCACCGAGUCUGGAUCCGGCGACAGUAUUGCAGCGAACAAGACCACGGAAAUAAUGUCACCUGCGACGAAACACCAGCCGAAGGAGCCGAGGCGCUUCAACAACAUCAUCAAGUCGCCGAACGACAAAAGAGACUACAGAGGACUGAUUCUGGACAAUAAGCUGAAAGUGUUGCUCAUAAGCGAACCGGGGACGGAUAAGAGCGCAGCCUCGUUGGACGUAAACGUCGGAUACCUGUCCGACCCGAAAGAGAUCCCGGGCCUGGCGCACUUCUGCGAGCACAUGCUCUUCCUCGGCACGUCCAAGUACCCCGAGACGAACGAGUACAACCAGUACCUGUCCCAGUGCGGGGGCUCGAGCAACGCAGCCACAUACGCGGACCACACCAACUACUACUUCGACGUGGACCCGGAAAGGUUCGAGGGGGCCCUGGACAGGUUCUCGCAGUUCUUCAUAUCGCCCCUGUUCACCGAGGCGACCACGGAGAAGGAGAUAAACGCGGUGCACUCGGAGCACGAGAAAAACGUGGCCAGCGACAACUGGAGGCUCGACCAGUUGGACAAGUCCACGGCCGAUCCAGGCCACGCGUACUCGAAAUUCGGCACGGGCAACAAGGACACCCUCGUCGUCAUACCCAAGGAGAAGAACAUCAACGUCAGGCAGGAGCUGCUCAACUUCCACGGGACUUGGUACUCGGCCAACAUCAUGGCUCUCAGUGUCCUUGGAAAAGAGAGCCUCGACGAGCUGGAGAGAAUGGUGAUCGACAAGUUCUCCGACAUCGAGAACAAGGACGUGGAGGCCCCGACUUGGCCCGAGCACCCCUUCAACAAGGAGCACUUUCAGACCAAGUGGUUUGUCGUGCCAAUAAAGGACCUGCGCCACCUCACCAUCACCUUCCCCAUCCCGGACCUGCACAAGCACUUUCGAGCGGAACCGGCGUAUUAUUGGUCGCACCUGAUCGGUCACGAGGGCAAGGGCUCGCUACUGUCGGCGUUGAAGGAAAAGGGCUGGUGCAACUCGCUGAUGUCAGGCAAGCGGUUCUUUGCCCGGACCAUAGACUUCUUCUCCGUCACCGUCGAUCUCACCGAGGAGGGCAUCAACCACGUCGACGACAUCAUCACCAUGACCUUCCAGUACAUCAACUUGAUCAAAAAACAGGGUCCCGUCAAGGACAUCUUCCAAGAGUACAGCGACAUAGCGAGCAUGAAUUUCCGGUUCAAGGAGAAGUCGACGCCGCGCAACUGCGUCAACGCGACCGUGGUGGCUCUGCAGGAGUACCCGAUCGAGGAGGUCCUAAGCGCGCCGAGGCUGAUAACCGAGUGGCGGCCGGACUUGAUAAACGAGCUGGAGAGCUACCUCGUGCCCGAGAACGUGCGCAUACACGUGGUGGGGAAAAUGUUCGAAGCCGAGGCCAACAGCGUUGAGCCAUGGUACGGCACCAAGUUCCGGGAGGAAAAGAUACCCGCCGAGCAGAUCCACAAGUGGAAGAACUCUGGACUCAACGAAGCCUUCCACUUGCCGGACAAGAACGAGUUCGUCCCGACCAAGUUCGACAUCAAGCCGCACGACAAGGUAGUCGACAAGUUCCCGGUGAUAAUAGAGGACACCCCGUUCGUGAGGAUGUGGUUCAAGCAGGACGACGAGUUUCUUUUGCCCAAGGCAACGAUGGUCUUUGACUUUGUGAGCCCGUUCGCCUACAUCGACCCGAUCAAUUGUAGCUUGACGUUCAUGUUUACCCAACUGUUCAAGGAUUCUUUGAACGAGUACGCCUACGACGCGGGCUUGGCUGGGUUGAAGUGGGAACUGAGCAACAGCAAACACGGCAUGAGCUUGAGCUUAACGGGCUACGAUCACAAGUUGCACACUUUGUUGGACAAAAUCUUGGAGCGGAUGGUCAACUUUGAGGUGGACGAGAAGAGAUUCGAGAUAUGGAGGGAGAACUACAUAAGAAGCCUCAAGAACUUCGAAGCGGAGCAGCCGUACCAGCACGCGGCCUACUACCUCGCUGUGCUCUUGUCCGAGCACGUUUGGGUGAAAAACGAGUUGCUGAACACCUGCUCGAUGCUGACCGCCGACAAGAUGAAGCAGUUCAUUCCCCUGUUUAUGAGUAAGAUGCAUAUAGAGUGCCUGAUUCACGGCAACGUAACGAGGAGCGAAGCCUCCCAGACCGCCAAGCUGGUGGAGUCGAAGUUUGUGAACAGCGUGAAGGACCUGAUGCCUCUACUGCCCAGGCAGAUGGUACCCUACCGGGAACUACAACUGCCCCAAGGCUGCCACUACCUCUACGAGGCCGAAAACAAGCACCACAAGAGCUCGUGCACGGAAGUUUAUUACCAGAGCGGCAUGCAGUCGACCGAGAGCAAUAUGCUGCUCGAGCUCAUUAGUCAAAUCAUAUCCGAGCCGUGCUUCAACAUCCUACGGACCAAAGAACAAUUGGGAUACAUCGUUUUCAGUGGUAUACGCCGAGCGGACGGGGUCCAGGGCCUGAAAAUCCUCGUCCAGAGCGGCCACCACCCGCAGUUCGUCGAGAGGAGGAUCGACUCGUUCACCAGCCAAAUGAAGGAGCACAUAGCGACGAUGCCGGACGAGGAGUUCAACAAGCACAAGGAGUCACUGGCGACGCGCCGGCUGGAGAAGCCAAAGACCCUGAGCAAACAGUCCAGCAUUUACUGGAACGAGAUAAGCAUGCAACAGUACAACUUUGAUCGCACCAGCAUCGAAGUUGCCUACCUAAGGACCAUCACGCGCGACCAGAUCGUCAAGUUUUACGAAGACAUAAUCGAUGGAAAGUCGAAGAAAAAUAUCUGCAUCCACGUGGUGUCGACCGUCGAGGACGGCCAAGCGAAACAGGACACGCCAUUGGGCGAGGAUGGCGUUGCGACGUCUAGCGUCGAGGAGGUGCAACGUAUCGAUGACAUUUUGCAGUUCAAGACAAACCACCCGCUCUACCCGAUACUCCAGCCUUUCAACAAUGUGCCGAGAAAGGGCACGCAGCACCAGUCCAAGUUGUGAACUUGAACAUUUUUCACAGGCAUUUAGUACAAAAUGAUAUUAAACGCGUUAUCGAUCAAGUGGUUUUUUUUUUUUAUCUUUUUUAUUUUGACAUGAUUUCAUUUUACGAUUAAAGUGUAAAACGCAACUUGGUGCAACGAUCUCACAAAGAUAUACUCUUGUCUCUCGAUCGAACAAUAAUAUUGGUAUUUGUAAGUUGGAAAUAACAUAAGUAUUGACUAAUAUUAGCGGCAAACUUUAGAUUUGUAGAUAAUAGUAACUGAUUAUAGAUUAAUUUGUUCUUUGACUCCUUCGACUGAGACGUUUUUAUGAAUCAUCGUGAGAAAUUAACGUAUGUGAAAAAGAUUUACUUUUUUAAGUAGAGGCUGAACCGACGUUUUGUAUGGAAAUUGUUUAAACUGUUCGUGCAAUAUGUUCAACAAAUCACAACGAAUGCGUCAAUGCUACAAAGUAUUUUUUUUUAAUAUGCACACGUUCAAGUAUAAAAUACGAUGAGUGGUAAGUUCCAUGUGUUGAAUUAGUCUAAUUAUUAUUUGUUAUCAAUGAUGUGGUUAUGAACAUUCUCUAUGAUUGGCCUAUUUAGUUGUCAAAACGAUAACUCAACAGAGUACUGAUUUUUAAUAUCCAACCUCCAACCCAAAAUGAAAGUGAUACCUUGUGUUAUUAGUCUUUUUCUCCUUUUACACGCUUUACUUAAUACCUCCUGAAUAAUGUAAUGAGAAAAUUUUUUAUAGCUACAUUUCCUUUUAUUGCAAUUUAUUACUGUUAACACGGGUGUUCGUUUUUGAUAUUUACAAGUACACAUGUUUUUAAAACUAUAGGUGAAGGUGUAGGAUUUUUUUGUUUUUCAAACAUCACAAUCGAAUAUUACUUAUACAUUAAUAAAUUUAAGUUACUGACGCAAAAAAAAAUCGACAUCUCUUAUUCAUAAGAUGUACUUGUUUAUAUUUUGAAAUUAAUACAAUUCCGUUUAAAACAAUCAUAAAUUGUGAUUUCAUUUCAAAAUCCUUGAAAAAUAAGACUCUAAUCCAACAUCCAAGUAAUA